UAAGGGUAGACAGCAGUCGAGGGAGAAAAAAGUUACAAUAAAAAAGAAAUUCAAGCGGAGAGGAGAUGAGUUUAUUGUAGCGAAUCUGACAGCUCACUUAGUUGUGCCUAAAUUGACACAUUGAUUAUGUCUGACAAACAGAGCAGCCAGGCAUCCCAGAGGAAACCAUCGACCAACAAGAACAUCAAGAAGCUCCGCACAAUUAGCAUGGUGUGCGGCCUGACGAGCAGCUGGCAGCAGUGGGUGACGGCGAACAAGACAAAGCAGGCAAGCGAACCAACUGGCUGGGCCCCAUCUUCACUGGGAAGACUAACAGAGGAACCCAAGAAGACAUGGGUCCCCAAGAAACCUCCUACCUCUAAAACCCAGCCUACAGAAAUUCCUCAAAAUAAUGCAACUACUUCUGGAGAAGCUCAAAAGACAUCAACUCCUCACAGGAAGGUGCAGGAGGUUAUGACCUCGGCUGAGCCACCAGUGGAGUCUCGUAUCAAGACGAAGCAGGUGGUGAAGACGGUGACCAGCGGGGUUCAGGAGAAAAGUGCAGCCAUCGAGCUCCUGACCGAGAAGAUCAAGGGUGAGGCUCUGCCAUCAGGAGAGGAGAUUGACAGGCUGCUGAAGAAGAAAAGCUCACCCACGCGCCGCAGGAAGUGCUCCAACAUGGUUUCAUCACUGACCAAAAGCUGGAAGCAGGUGGAGAAUGAGCAGAAGUUCGGGGAAGAAGGAGGAGGACCAGAAGAGGCAGACACCAGUAGUACAGAUAAGGAGGAGAGUGGACAUCCUGAGACAGAGGAGGAGAGACUGGACAUAAUGGACACUGAAACACAAACUGAAAACUUUUUAGAAGAAACAGAGCAAAAAGACUGUGAAGGAGACUCCGAAUCAGCAGUGAAGAUUAAAAGACCUGCAGUCCCAACGUACAAAAAGGAAGCUGAAGAUGCCAACAAGAUCAAUGCUCUCUCCAAGAAAUACAGUGCUGUGGGAAAUCUCAAAAGUCGCUGGCAGAACUGGGCAUCAGAGCACACCGUCAACCAGAGACUAAACCCCUUCAGUGAAUACUUUGACUAUGAUUACUCCAUGUCUCUCCGCCUCCAGAAGGGUCAGGAAGGUUACGGACGCCCCAAGGAAGGUACUAAAACAGCGGAGAGAGCCAAACGUGCCGAGCAACACAUCCACCGUGAGAUCGCUGACAUGUGUUACGUGAUCAGGACUAUGGCUGAUCCGGACCCAGACGGAAAGACCCGCAUCACGUUCGGACAGCUGUUUGACAGAUACGUCCGGAUCUCUGAUAAGGUGGUGGGGAUUCUGAUGAGAGCCAGGAAACAUGGGAAGGUUGCGUUCGAAGGGGAGAUGCUGUGGCAGGGCCAGGAUGAUGGAGUGAUCAUUACUCUGCUGGUGUGAUAUUAACACCUGGGUCAAUGUUGUACUGGAAAUCCUCUUAACACUUAAUUGGCUGGCACAGUGGAACUUGUGAAAUAACCUCAGGCAUUAUCAGACAGCUAAGAGGAGGAUUAAAAAUACAAUUUGGCCUGGAUCUGUUCAGCGGACACUUGCAGAACAAUAACAUGGGGAUACAGAGACUACAAAGUUUAGUGGAUAAGUUGAUGUGGAUUAUGCAAAGAAUUUUUUACUGCUAUUUUUGUAGAUACUUGAAAACUCUUCCUGUCAGUGUUGUGGAUGUGUGAGUUGUAGCUGUCAUGCACAUAUUUUGGGAAAUCUCCAAAGACUUUGAAGUUCUAAUUCACAAGCUCUGGAAGCUCCAGAGAGAUAACAUCCUAGCUUUUGGCUUCUUAUGCUUCCAUUCAUACAUGCCUCUUUUGCACUUUCUUUAUGGCUUAUGUUAAUGAGAUAUUUAAGGAUGUGUUAAUAUAACACAUAACAAGCAGCUUUGCAGUAUACUGUAGCACAGUAAUUCAAACAGGCAUUGGGUUUCAUUGCCUGAAUUCCUGCAGCUCAGCAUUCAUUACACUGUACCAGGCACAAUGCAGGGGAACAGAGCAGACCACAGCACUUUUACAUCUCAUGGCCUGUUAUACUGAGGUUCUUAUAAUUAAUGUAAAGGAUGAUUGUGACUGUCUUUGGAUAAGGAAAAACUUGCCUUUUCUCUGUCAGUUAUUGAAUUUUUGAGGAAUGUAUCGGGGUUUGUAAAAUCAUACAUACAGAACACCCCUAAUGUUGGGAGUUACUGUUAGUAUUAAACUGGAGACAAAUUGAAGAUGAUAUUUGUUUUCUAUUUUGAAACAGUUUCAGUAAAAGGCAUGUCAUAUUAAGGCAUACUGUACUUUUUAGGUAUUCACUAGCAUUAAUUAACUUGCAUUAAAGAGUCUAAUCAUAGGCUAUAGUGAAAACUAGCUGUGAUCAUGACAUUCACAUAUAGCAAACAGUUGCUUAUUUACGCAUCCAGCAGUUACAGAACAGGAAUAUAUAUAUAUAUAUAUAUAUAUAUACAUUGCUCAAACAAAUUAAGGGAACACGUAAAUCACACAUCAGAUCUUUGAGUGAAACCAAAAUCAUCAACCCAUUGAGGGCUGGAUUCACCAUCACACUGAAAAUCAAAGUAAAAAAAUUUAAAUCACAGGCUGAUCCAACUUGUGUGAAUUUCAUCAUGGCAACUCAUAAUGUGACUCAGUAGUGUGUAUGGCCCCUGCGUGCCUGUAUGCACUCCCGAAAAUGUCUGGGCAUGCUCUUGAUGAAUCGGCGGAUGGCGUCCUGGGGAAUUUCCUCCCAGACCUGGAUCAGAGGAUCAGUGAGCUCCUGGACAGUCUAUGGCAUCAAUGCCUUCAUCAUCCAGGAACUGCCUACACACUCUGGCUUGAGAAUCGCUCUGAGGAUUUCGUCCUGGUACCUAACAGCAGUCAGGGUACUGUUGGCUAUGACAUGGAUAUCCUUGGACCCUCCAAGGUUAUGCCUCCCCAGACAAUCACUGACCCACCGCUAAACCGGUCAUGCUGGAUGAUGUUACAGGCAGGAUAACGCUCACCACGGCGUCUCCAGACUCCUUCACGCCUGUCACGCGCUCAGUGUGAACCUGCUCUCAUCUGUAAAGAGAACAGGUUGCCAAUGACAGACCUGCCAAUUCUGGUGUUCUUGACCUGCACAGUGCUGGGCUGCGAGCACAGGUCCCACUAGAGGACGUCGGGCCUUCAUGCCACCCUCAUGGGGCCUGUUUCUGACAGUUUGGUCAGAAAUAUGCACACCAGUAGCCUGCUGGGGGUCAUUUUGUAGGGCUCUGGCAGUGCUCCUUCUAUUCCUCCUCGUACAAAGGAGCAGGUACCGGUCCUGCUGCUGGGUCGAUGCCCUUCUACGGCCCUGUCCAGCUCUCCUCAUGUAACGGCCGGUAUCCUGUUGUCUCCUCCAUGCUCUUGAGACUGUGCUGGGAGACACAGGAAACCUUCUUGCGACUGCACGUAUGGAUGUGCCAUCUUUGAGGAGCUUGACUACAUAUCCAACCUGAUUGGGCUGCAGGUACCGCCUCAUGCUACCAGUAGUGACAAGGACACUAUCCAAACACAAAACAAGAGAAAAAUCAGUCAGGAAGGAGAAGGAGAGAGCAACUGUCUGUCGCCACCACAUGCAAAACCAUUUCCUUUUUAGCGGUUGUCUUGCUUUUGCCUCUGCAUUGCACCUGUUGUCACUUUUAUUUGAACCAAAGCAGGUAAAAUUGAUUCACAAUCACUUGUGCUUCGUAAAUGGACAGAUUGAUAUCCCGGAUGUUUAACUGACUUGGUGUUAUACUGUGAUGAUUAAGUGUUCCCUUAAUUUUUUUAUACCAUGCUCAUAUGUGCACCAUGAAUGACAGGCAUACAGAGAGGGCCCGUAAAGAAACACACAGGGCCAGUAAAUGGACUUUAUUUUCUUUAUAAAACAAAAAGAAAACUCAUCAAUUUAAAAAAGCUUUAUGUGUUCCUGGAUAAGCGGGCCAAGCGUGGAUUAUCUACCAGGCCGAUAUUGGGCCGGUGCCCAGGGGCCUCUGACCUUUAGAAGGCCUCCAAACCCCCAACAACUGUGCCUCAUCUUGACAUUUUUUUUUCUUUCAAUCAGAUUUGAUCAAUUCUGAGUGUUUUUGUUGAAAUACAAACAAAUGAAUACAGAGUUACUUUAUUUGCAAAUAAGAAUUUAGCUGACCAGCUGGGUGAGAAACUGUGCUUCUUAAAACAUCAUGGAAAACAAAGGUUGGAGCAGUGGAGCAGCAAAGAGAGAGAUGAAAGAAAGAAAAUGAUAUCAGAGAGACUGAAAUUCAGAAAAACAGAUAUACAUCUACCUCCACUUUUUUCAAAAGUCGGCUUGCUAGCAUUAGCAAAGAGCCUAGAGGGGACGAUGCUAUUUUUGGACGCUGUUGCUGAAAAACAUUGUAUGUCAACCUACACAGUGUGUGUGUGUGUGUGUGUGUGUGUGUGUGUGUGUGUGUGUGUGUGUGUGUGUGUGUGUGUGUGUGUGUGUGUGUGUGUGUGUGUGAGUGAGUUAGUGAUUGAUGGAGGAAUCUGAAUUUAAUAAUACUCAACAACAACACAACCCAACAUUGUCAAUGGUCAUGGAAAAUCGUAUCACAUGAUAGUGUAGUUACUGUAUGUUUUAUUUUAUUAUUACAGAUAGAUGGUUAGAGAGUUUUGAUGAAUUCCAGCCUCAAGAACUGGUUUCCAGGACGUUUCUUUACAGAAACAUUGAUCCGUGAAGUAAAAAGAGAUGAGGUAUGUGCAGAUUAAAUUUCUCAUGAGGUGGUAGCGCCAGUCACACGUAAUGUUAUAAAUAAAGGUCAUGACAUGAAAAGUAAAAAGGCUGUCACUUCCUGCAAGAAUGCUGAGCACAUGAAUCAGUCUACGACAAGUGAUGAUGCAUUUGUUUCCUUGUAGACAGAUGUUUUGCAGGAAUCAAAUCUGAUCAAUGGAACGCUUCAGUAUGACCCUCCCAUUGACUGAACAUCCAUACCAAACUGAAUAGUCUGCAUGUUUCCAGUUUUCUUAAGGAGAGAGGUUAAGACAAGUCCCAUCAAGGCUAAAGUAGCUUGGUGCUAGCUAAAGCAAAACUUGGGGUAUUCAGUUUCUUAUUUGUGAAGGAACAUGUUAUUUGUCAGUUUCACAUGUUAGUUAUCUACACAGGUUUAUCAUACACACAAACAUACAUACUCACAAAGCUUACACACAGUACAGUAAAAUUUAUUAUAUAUAUUUCAGUAAAAGUAGGAUGACAUAAACAUACUGCUGAUUGUUCACUGGGGUGUUGUAUAUCCAGCUGUAAACAUCACUGCUAGCAUCAGAAGACUGUUGACAUGUUGACGCAGAAAAAAAUUCCUGCCAUACCAUCAAUAAUAAAAGACCAAAAACACACCCACAUCUUUCUGUCUGAUUACCCGGCAGUUAUUGCAUCCGCUUAUAGGAAGGACCGUUAAAGUUUUUUUUUUUUCCGGUUACUCGUACUAUAAGUACAGUACUACCAGAGUGUUUUGCUACACAUUGAUGCUUUAGCUUCACUCUAAUGCACACUUGAACUGUUUAUUCUUAUCACAGAGGAAACUACAAAUCAGACAG